GGUAGAGGUGGAUCGAGGGGGUUUUCAGCGGAUCUUUCUCGCGUGGCCCACAAACCUCGCAAAAGCCCGAGACACCAUUUGGCACGCGGGGUUUCCAAGGCCCAACCCGUCCGAACCCCUUCCGAUCCCCUCCUUUCCAUGCGGUUCUCAGCCCUCGAGGGGGGGCUCGAGGAUUUGGAGGAGACAUGCUGCCGCCGCCAGCUCAACACGCCGCCGUCCGACUCCUCCUCAAGACGCCACCGCCUGACGCCUCGACGCUGGCGUACCUCCUCCGCCCAACGCCUUGACGCCGAUUUCUUCCAGGCUUAUUGUGGGACACACUACGGCUAAAUUCUGUAGCAUACCAAAAGUGUUGCGCAAGGCGAACUACUCCACUGGCAUCAAGGCGCCGCCAUUCUGGAAGAAAAUCCAACGGCACCUCGACUUCGAGGGGCUGUUGGGUUCCCCUGAUCAUGAGGAUUCUUGGAAGAAGGCCAAGCUGCUAGACAAUGUGAUAACUGUGGUCACUACAGCAGUGAAAAAUCUGUCUGUGGCGGCUGCUCCGCUGCUUGCUUCAUCGGAUGGGGCUUAGACUGCUUCAGCAAGCACGGAGGCGCAGGUGCUAGGAGUCCCCCAGGAGGGGAGGCUUGUGUUGGCUGGAUCCGGCUCAAGUGUGGCCAAUGAUUUGUCUCAAUCAAAGAAGCAAGCUGGAACUGCUAUGGACAGGGUGGCUGAUCUCAACACCAACAUGAUCGACUCCCUGCCUAUGGCUACUUUUAGUCUCCAAGAGGACCAACAUGUGGGUGUUGCGGACGGAGAGGUUGAUCCCUUCACCAGCUCGGUCAGUCUCCUACCAGUGGUUGUUGCUGGUGCACAAGAGGAUUAUCAACCGUACACUGGUGCGCUUCCUCGAGCCGGUUCGACCAUCACAGGAGGACAGGUCGGUCCUCUGCCUAGCCGUAUCUUGGGCAAGCUCCAGGAGGUUCAGGAAGGACCGCCUGGCUUUGCUGCUACUGGAGCGCUUGUGGCGGCUAAUGUUGGUGGCGCUCGUCAAGGUACUGGGCGCCCUAUGGUUGAUGCUUCUGGAGCAGAAACUAUAUGGGGGCACUGGAAGAGGUAUCAUAGAGAGGAGAUGAAAGAGCGUGUUAAGGUCCAGUACGCAGGCGUCAAACACGCCAAGUUUGGGGUUGUUACUCCCCCGAACAGUAUGAGCGACCUCUCGAGCCGUAAGGUUGCUUUCGCCACCAUCCUUCAGAGCGCUGCUAGAAGUAAGAGACGCUUCGCUGAGGAUCAAGAAUUCUUUAUCAACAUGAACAAUAAUAGUUUUGAGAGUCUAGAAUUUAGGGGCUCUGAUGAUGUGAGUGUGUCAUGUAAAAGAGUGUGUGUGUUGAGGCUCAUCUAGGUGUUGAUGGGUUUGUAACUCAUGUAACUCAGGAAGUUGAUGGGGGUGAGGAGGUCUUAGAGGAUAGGAGGAGAGAGUUUGUAGGUGAAGAAAAAGAGGAAGGUCCCAACCUUUAGGAAGCUACCGGCCCUGGGGCUGCCGGUCAACUAACGGGCGCGCAUGGUGACGCCCGUCAGGAGCCAUGAAAAUGCUAAGCUAGAACUGUCGAGGCUUGGGUCAACCUUGUACAGUUCAAGAGUUGGUGUGCCUCAAUAAGACGCACAUACCCAAUGUUGUCUUCCUUUCAGAAACAAGAAAAAUUAAAAGACUAUGUUGAGUGCUCGCGCUACCGCUUGGGUGUGAGGAAUGUUUUCACCGUA